AAAAAGACGUCACUGCAUAUUAACAAACUGCAGGAAAGACGAGAUAAAAAAGACUAAUCUUUUGACUUGAAAAGAAAUACUCCACUACUUCGAGCCAAGCUCAAAUCCAACGGCUAAAAUUCCGCCGGAGUCAAAAUUACCGCCGGAGAUGGCUCGCGUGGGGGGAAUAACGAGCGCCGUCAACGUCGGAAUAGCGGUCCAAGCCGAUUGGGAGAACCGGGAAUUCGUUUCCCACAUCUCCCUCAACGUCCGUCGCCUCUUUGACUUCCUCGUACAAUUCGAAUCGACGACGAAGAACAAAUUGGCGAAAUUGAACGAGAAGCUUGACACAUUGGAGCGGCGCCUGGAAUUGCUGGAAGUACAAGUCAGUAAUGCAACGGCAAAUCCUGCUCUUUUCGCUCCCAGUUGAUCGAUCUCCUCUGAAAUUAUCAUCUUCUUCUGUAAGAAAUUCAAAUCGCUGGAUUUAUUUUGUUCGAUUUUUUUUUUUUUUUUUUUUGUUGUUGUUGUUGGAUCAUAGAAAUACCUAGGGUUUUUAAUUUCUAUUUUGUUGUUUUUCGAUAUUUAAUAAAUUGAUUAAAAGUGCCCUUUUUUUUAAUUUAGAGUGUAUACAAUUCACUUUGAUAUCAAUUUUUUUUUCUU